GUUUUAGCAAUUACACUCAAAUCAAACCAUCCGAUUCCGACGAUCGAACUUGUACUUGAAAAUUCUGGAACCCAAUUCUAGAGAGAGAGAGAAAGAGAGAGAGAAAAGGGUGAGAGGGCAAGUCAGAGAGAGAAGAAAAUGAUGAGUGGGAGAGUUUCACUGUCAUCCCCACCUCAAUCCUCCACAUAUUCUCCUCGUAUUGUAUCGAAAACACAUAAUAGUCCAUCAUGGAGCUCAUCAGCUUCUAGUAUUCCAUGGAAAUCACGCGACCAUCCUCUCUGUUCUUCAGAUCUCAAGCUCAAAGUUCCUCCUUCUAGAUUUGGUGCUGGAGUUUUCCCAGAAAGAAUUGAUUUACGGUGCAAUAGCAGCACUGGACCUGGUGGUCCUGGUGAGAGUGACAGUAGGGGUGUUCUGGAUGCAUUUUUCUUGGGGAAGGCUCUAGCAGAAGUGCUUAAUGAGCGUAUCGAGUCCUCUGUGGGGGAAAUUUUGAGUGCUGUUGGUAGGUUGCAAGGUGAACAACAAAAGCAAAUACAGGACUUCCAGGAAGAGGUGUUGGAAAAAGCUAAAAGAGCCAAGGAGGAAGCAGCACGGGAAGCCGUCGAAGCACAAAGACCUGUUCUCAAGUCAUCUACGGCAAAUGUAUCAACAGUUGCUAAUGUUGUUUCUUCAACAACUGCAGAAUCAGCCACUGAUGCUGUAACUCCGGAACUCCUCUCCUCACCAUCGAACUCAACCGUCCAAUCCACUGAUCUAGGGGAAGGCCCAACCUAUGAGGACCCUCUUUUAGGUGUAACAAUUGAAGACUGAUAAUUCAUAUCCUUGUGUACCAAUACCCAAAAAUACUUCAUAGUUACCUGAUGUGUAUUAUUCCUGUUGUAGGCUACCUUUCCAAUAAUUAUGUUAUUGUGAUUCCCUCUGGCGUUUGUUUUAAAGAAUUUUCAGCAAUAUCUAUACUAUUCUUUUUUCUGUGAUGUCACGGUAACACC